AUGUUCAAACUUCUAGCUUUAUGUUCAGCCUUCAUAGCUGCGACGGCAGUCCUCGCAUUACCCACUGCUCAAGAUGUACUUAAAUCUCUCAUUUACGUAGGAUUCAACACACCGGAUCCUCAAAUUCAAUACGAACUUGACCUCAACAACACUAUGGUUGAUGCUUGGACAAACGAAGUGGUCAACACACACAACAAGUAUCGUGCCCAAUAUCGCGCACCGCCCGUCACCUGGAGCAAUGAUCUCUACGCAGGUAGUUACCAUUACCAUAUCGGGCUCGACCCCAUUUUCCUAUAA